AUGGGUAAAGCAGAAUUGAUGGCCGAAGUAAGGGAGAAGAAGGCUGCUAAUCCUAUGCGUGAAUUGAAAAUCCAGAAAUUAUGUCUGAACAUUUGUGUUGGAGAAUCUGGUGAUAGGUUGACUCGUGCAGCUAAGGUAUUGGAGCAGUUGACCGGUCAAACUCCAGUAUUCUCGAAAGCACGUUACACGGUGCGUUCGUUCGGCAUCAGACGUAACGAAAAGAUUGCAGUGCACUGCACUGUGCGUGGCCCGAAAGCAGAAGAAAUCAUCGAACGUGGUCUCAAGGUGAAAGAGUACGAGUUGUAUCGCGAGAACUUUUCGGAUUCGGGUAAUUUCGGGUUCGGCAUUCAAGAGCACAUCGAUUUGGGCAUAAAAUACGACCCGUCGAUUGGUAUUUACGGCAUGGACUUUUAUGUGGUGUUGGAUCGUGCUGGACGUCGUGUUGCGAAACGACGACGUGCUGUUGGUCAUGUGGGACACACACACCGUGUUGGCAAGGAAGAGGCUGUUAAAUGGUUCCAGCAAAAGUACGACGGUAUAAUACUGCCACCGAAGGCAAAAGAGAUUCGUCACGGACGUAGACAUUGA